GAGCCUAAUUCUGAUCCCUGAUCAUGAUACAUUUCAACAUUUUCUAAAAAUUCCAAGGAUUUGGCAAAAAAUCUUUACAUUGUGUGUUGUAGAUUAAAAAGACCCCACUUGUUUCUGUUGUUGAACAGAUCACUAACAUCAUCGUUAUCAUUAUUUUCCUUGAAAGAUUCCUCGGCUUUCUCUUCUAUAAAAAGCUCCCAUAUCCUCACAAUCUUUUCCUCCCUAUCCUUUCUUGUUUAAUUUGCUUCCCCUGUAUAUCUCCCCUGUUUCUGUACUCUGUCUUUGCUUUUGUGUUUUGCCGUUUUUUUAGCUACUUCCUCGGUGAAAGAUUUGGAAAGGAAAUAUGGCAGAAAUUGAGACCAAGUUCUCCCAAAACCAGCCUUUGAAAACUCAAAAAAUUUUCAUUGGAGCUCAAAUCUUCCUCAGAAUUGUGGUAAUUGCUGCCUCAUUUGCUUCAACAUGGCUUAUGCUCACCAACAAGCAAACCAUCGACAUUGGAGGAUUUGUACUGGACGCGAAAUAUAGCUACUCUCCAGAAUUCAAGUUUCUUUCUUACGCAAACAUUGUUGUUGGUGCCUUCUCUUUCCUCUCUUUGUUGUUUCUUGUUCUUGUUGGUCGUCGAAGCUCCAAUCCUAACUACUAUUUCAUUUUAUUCCUUCAUGAUCUGGCUCUGAUGUCUUUGGUCCUUGGUGGAUGUGCUGCUGCGACUGUAAUAGGUUCCUUGGGGAAGAAUGGGAAUAGCCACACUGGUUGGAUGCAAAUCUGUGAUCACUUUGGCAAAUUCUGCUUGCUGAAGCACACAAAUUUGGAUACCAAUGGAUCUUGAGGUCAUUGGUGGUAGCUCUUCUUAUCCACAAAGCGUUAAUACCAGUCUUGAGAAGACCUUAAUUUCUGGGAAGUUCUCAGCAACCUCAUCAGGACAAAUGUAAACAGGUAAGAGGAGCGACUAAACCUCUUAACGCAGGCCAAAACAUAGAAUUGUUUGCAUGUAGCAAUAUUCGGAUUGAGCUAGAAAUGGGUUGUGUGUUAAUGACCUUGAUCUUACAAGGCCAACGCCAUGAGUCCGCUUUCUAAUAUAAUGAAGCCUUAAUAUAUACAUUUGAUUAGCAAAUGGUGCUCGGAAAUCUGCUCUCAGACAGUUGCUCUCCCACAUGAACAUAUAUGGGAGUUCCACAUGCACGUGUGGGCAUUGGACAAGUAAAAGCGAGAUCCUCAUCUGCCACAAACUGGAUUUUGAUUUGAGAAGCAAUUCUCAAACGUUUGCAGUAGCGGCUAUGUAUGCUGUCUUGAUAUGAAGUGUGCGGAAUUGUUGAGAGAGAAGAGGUGAAAUGAAGUGCAGGAGAGGCAUAUCGGCAACUAACAUGUGGAAGUUUUGUCAAGACAAGCAACAGCCAAACCAAGAUAACCCUUGUCUCUUUAUAUUUAUAUGAACACAAGUAAAACAAAAAAAAA